UUACCAUACUAAGGUGUCUAGUUUUGCCGCCUUUCAUGACACUAUUCUUUCUUGUACAGAUUUUUUGACUUUAGCAAUGACUAACGCUUUCGCAAGUUUGCCUCUUUAUCCAUUCCUUAUUUAUUGGAAUGCGUCACUCUUCCGGAUCUUUCGUGAGCGUGCCUCUUUAUCCAUUCCAGUUCCAUUUCCCAGGUUUAGACCGAGAGAUUGUUGCGUUAAAGCCGAACAAUCUGUAAUGAUAUGCGGAGAUAUUCAACCCUUAACCUCAGUAGAAUUAGAAAAAUGGCUUCUAAAGGCCAACACUGGCUUAAAGGAUAUACCUUCUUCGGUAUCUAACAUCACAGAAGAUAUGGUGUUACUAAAUACCGGCUUUCAACAUAUCCUGAUGUUAAGGAUCACAUCUGGAUCUUCGGAUCAGACUAUUUUUGCUAUUCGUGUCAUCUCCUCGUAUGUUUCAUUUUUAAAAACUACGAUUCCUGUAGAAUACUGGAAAGGACUUAGAAGGGGCUUACCACAAAAGAAGUCAAUUACGAUUAUAAGAUGGCCGGUAGAUAUAAAAAAUAUGGUCUAG